GGUCAGCGCAUGUACCAGGUGAUAGAAACCUCAGUACCAGGUGAUAGAAACCUCAGUACCAGGUGAUAGAAACCUCAGUACCAGGUGAUAGAAACCUCAGUACCAGGUGAUAGAAACCUCAGUACCAGCGCUUUAAAAGGUCGGAUGAACGAUACUUUCCUGUGGAUAUUUUCUCUCACAUUUUGACCAGCUGAAAGACAAAUCGCACAGAAAACAGUUGUCUACUAUCUCUACCACCUGUGACAGUGUUGAAGCAGAGGACCAUGUUAUUCAAACAACUCUAACUGAAGAAAGUGUUUUAAUCGCACUUUUUUAAAAAUGGACACACUGAAAUCCUCCCGUGUUUAUUUUGAACGCUAAUAAAUGUGAUCAUAUUGAUCAUUUUGUGAUCAUAUUGAUCAUUUUGUGAUCAAUAUAUCAUUUUAUAUACAAGGGGAAAGAACUCUCUCUUAUUGCCAGUCAGUGAGUGACAGUAUAGACCCAUUCACCUCAAUGGAAGUUCCAGUCACAUCAAUUCUACCCUCUAACUCCACCCUGCCUACACCUUUCCCUCUGCAACCGGCAGUGGCCCCAUCAGUCCAGCUUGGAUUCACCAUCCUCUACACUACUCUCUACGGAAGUCUCUUCCUGGUCGUCUACGUUCAGCUCUGGCUCCUCUUUCUGUACCGACACAAGCGCUGGAGCUACCAGAGUGUGUUUCUGUUCCUCUGUCUUCUCUGGGCGGCUCUUCGCACCACUCUGUUCUCUUUCUACUUCCGUAAUGCCCUGGAAGCCAAUCGCCUGGCCACAGUGUUUUACUGGCUCCUCUACUGCUUCCCUGUUUGUCUGCAGUUCUUCACCCUCAGUCUCAUCAACCUCUACUUCACUCAGGUAUUACUCAAAGUGAGAGAGAAGUACAGCCCUGACACUGACCCCGGCAAUGGACUAUAUUGGGCGCGGUGCUUCUACGCCACCCUGAGCGGUGUGUUCCUGUGUGUCAAUGUGGUGUGUGCUGCUCUCGGCUGGAACGGGGGCAGUGGAGGAGAAGGAGCUAAAACAUGGAGUCUGGUUCUGAUACGAGUGCUGGUCAACGACCUGCUUUUCAUCUUUGAGGCUGUCUGUCUAGCUGCAUUACUGCUUCUGUUAACCCGACGCUCCCCAUCCACCAGCCCUUACCUGCACAGUAAGGGAACAACAGUGUGCCAGACUGCAGUACUAGGAGCAGGUGUAAUACUGCUCUUCGCUAGUAGAGCAUGCUACAACCUGGCUGUUCUCAUACUGUCCCAGAAUCACAGAGUGGAGUCCUUUGACUUUGACUGGUACAAUAUCUCUGACCAGGCUGACCUGCGUAGUGAACUGGGAGACAGAGGUUACUUGGCGUUCGGUGCAAUUCUCUUCAUAUGGGAGCUGCUUCCCACCAGCCUCCUCAUCCUCAUCUUCAGAGUGCGCCAACCGCCUCAGGAAGAUGGCAGUAUUAUGCCCAACAGCAACAGAGUACCGCGGCCCUACUUCUUUGAUGACCCAGCAGGGGAAGACGCUGACUCAGGUGUUCCUUGGGUCAACAGCUCACAUCCACACCAAAGCUGGUAUGGAUCCAUCAAGGAGACGACACCUCUUGUCUUCGCCAGUAACCCUCUGGACCAGAACCAACACCACUCCUUUUACUCUACGCCACAGAACUAACUGAUCCUCUGUCCCAAAUGGCACCCUAUUCCCUUUAUAGUGCACUACUUUUAACCAGGGACCAUAGGGCUCUAGUCAAAUGCAGUGCACUAUAUAGGGUAGAGGAUGCCAUUUUGGACGUACCCUGUCUGUCUGCAGUGAAAUGCUGAAGCGCUCUCUCUCAGGUUGCUAAUAGGCGCUGCAUGGUCGAUCCGACAUUGACGUUGGUCAUGCAGCAUUUACAGUGAUUCGUACUUCCUGCGCUUCGCUGAGCUGUUGUCAAGGAAGUGAGUUUGUUUAUACAAGACCUACCGUCAACGCGGGGUAUCAAGCAUAAAUUGGCUUUGACCACUUCCAGCUGCAGACAGCAACACUUCAUUCCAAUUGACUGUUUUUGCACAAAAUAAAACACCCUCGUCACUAAAUAGAGCGAAGCACCUUUUAAUUCAUCAACAUCUCCAACGGAGCCUCUUUUUAUAUUUUAUUCCUAUGAUUGGUCACAAUGUGUUUGUCCUCUGACCUGUGUAUUCAUUAGCUUGAUUGCGCUAUUUCAUGUCAACGGAGGUGGCAAGAUGACCAACACUGACACUCAGGCUAUAUUCAUUCCACUAUAGAAAGUUUAUCAACUUUUCUGAAAGGACCAAAUGUCAUUUAUUUUGUGAAGGCGUUUCCUACUUGCCGUCUACCUAAAAGGCACUGUAAAAUCUGCAUGACCACUUCCAUAAGUAAUGCAGACAAGACUAGUUUGUCAUUUUAUGCGAUUGUACAUUGAAGUAAACUAACUUAUUUAAUCAGAUAUCACCUGUCGUUUUAGCAGUUAUGGACCGAAUACCUCUUCCUUCUCACCAGCAUCCAUUUUAUAAGGGAAUUUUCUAGGUGCUUCGUAGCUAAACAGAAUAUACUCAGAUUGUGUAAAUGUGUGAUUUAUACUGAAAAAAAAAAGCACUGUUCUCAUGUUUUAUGAGCUGAAAUAAAAGAUCCCAGAAAUGUUC